GAGCCGAGCAGGUAGCGGAGCCUCGUGUGAGAGGUGCGGAUCCCGGGAGAGGCAGCACCGGCCAGGGCCAGGGCCGGGGAUUGGGAAGGGCAAGGGGAGGAUCAGUCGGCAUUCCCGGCCUAGUUCCCCGCCUCGGCGCCAGGGAGCAGACAUGGCCCAGAACCUGAAGGACUUCGCGGGGCGGCUGCCCGCCGGGCCCCGAGGCAUGGGCACAGCGCUGAAGCUGCUGCUCGGGGCCGGGGCCGUGGCCUACGGAGUCCGGGAGUCCGUGUUCACUGUGGAAGGUGGGCAAAGAGCCAUUUUCUUUAACCGAAUUGGGGGUGUGCAGCAGGACACUAUCCUCGCAGAAGGACUGCAUUUCAGGAUCCCCUGGUUCCAGUACCCCAUCAUCUAUGACAUUCGUGCCCGGCCCCGCAAGAUCUCUUCUCCCACAGGCUCCAAAGACCUUCAGAUGGUAAACAUCUCCCUUCGAGUGCUCUCCCGACCCAAUGCCCUGGAGCUCCCCAGCAUGUACCAGCGCCUAGGUUUGGACUAUGAGGAGCGUGUGUUGCCCUCUAUCGUGAAUGAGGUGCUCAAGAGUGUCGUGGCCAAGUUUAACGCCUCACAGCUUAUUACGCAGCGGGCCCAGGUGUCCUUGUUGAUCCGGCGGGAGCUGACAGAACGGGCCAAGGACUUUAGCCUCAUUCUGGACGAUGUGGCCAUCACAGAGCUGAGCUUCAGCAGAGAGUACACAGCUGCAGUAGAGGCCAAGCAAGUGGCUCAGCAGGAAGCCCAGAGGGCUCAGUUUCUGGUGGAAAAGGCAAAACAAGAGCAGCGGCAGAAGAUCGUACAAGCUGAGGGGGAAGCUGAGGCUGCCAAGAUGCUCGGGGAAGCUCUGAGCAAGAACCCUGGCUACAUCAAACUUCGUAAGAUCCGGGCUGCCCAGAACAUCUCCAAAACUAUCGCGACGUCUCAGAACCGCAUCUAUCUCACCGCUGACAACCUUGUGCUGAACUUGCAGGAUGAAAGCUUCACUCGGGGAAGUGACAGCCUUGUCAAGGGCAAGAAAUAGAGACCUCCUCCUGACCUCAAGAGAAAGCUGAUCUCUUCCUCCAUGAGUUAGUCUUGGAUGAACCGGCAGAUGGGUCCACCUCCCUUGCCCCACCAUCAUGUGACUUUCCUCCACCACCUGUUCCCCAACUCAUUGGAUAAAUGAAGACUGACAGAUGUUCCUUUCCCUAAUCCCCCUCCCCAUAUUUUUGCUGGGGGUCUGGGGUAUAAGGACUGUGUGAUUUCUCAGUGAUUUCCUCUCUAGCUGGUUUUCUUCCAAGGCCGGGAGGAGAUAGCAGCUAUCCCAGGAAUUCUCAAUAAAUUUUUAUUACUAAAGUGGAA